AUGCGGUUUAACAAGAUGAGCGCGAGGUGGGAGGAGGGGCUGGAGAGGGGCGAGUGGAGCAUGGAUGAUGGGAUGCCAUGGCCUGGGAGUAGACCACAUGAUCACCCUGCUAUGGUGCAGGUGCUGCUGGGACCCAGUGGUGGGGGUGCUGGUGGGGGUGGUGCUGCCGCUGGUUCUGCUGCUGCUGCUGUUGGUGGUGCGGCGGGUGAAUUUGAGAAGGGAACGAAAAGGAGCGCCGAGAAGAGAACUGGGGUAACAGGGAACGGAACGGCGAGUGGAACAGAGAAGGGGACAGAGAAGGCAGCAGAAGAGGCAGCAGAUAAGGACGAUAAGGGAGCAACGGAAGCAAAUGAGCCUGCCAGGGGGACUGCAGCAGCAGGAGCAUUGGAGGGUAUCAGACUACCUCGCCUGGUAUACGUGGCACGGGAGAAGCGGCCGGGUUACAACGAGCACGGCAUAGCAGGGGCGCAGAAUGCUCUGCUGCGCGUCUCUGCUCUGCUCUCCAACGCACCCUUCCUCCUCGCCCUAGCCGCCAACCACUAUGUCAAUAACGCAGCUGCUCUUAGAGAGGCUAUGUGCUUCCUCAUGGAUGGGAGUGGGGGUGUGGGUGCGGGCACGGGUGCGGGUGCAGGAGGGGAUGGGAUGGGGGACGGGGUGGGGGGAGGGGUGGGGAAUAAGUGCUGCUUCGUGCAGUUCCCUCUGCGGUUUGAUGGCGUGGAUGAGAGCGACCGAUACGACAACCACAACACGGUGUUCUAUGAUCUUCAUAUGCUCGUCCGCCCAUGUCUCACUCAGUUUCUGUAUCCUUCCUUCCCAUCCUCCCUUCGCCCUGCCCUGCCUCCCGUCCCUUGCUCCUCUCAGAUACGAAUGAAUGCUCUGGACGGCAUCCAAGGACCCAUGCUCAUCCGCUCAUGGCUCACUCACUCAGUCCAUUCCCCCAUUCCUCCCUUCCCUCCCUUCCCUCCCUUCCCUCCCUUCCCUUACUUCACCCUGCCUUGCCUCCCAUCCCUUCCUCCUGUCAGAUACAAAUGCCAGCUUUGGACGGCAUUCAAGGCCCCAUGCUCAUGGGAUCAGGCUGCUGUUUCCGCAGGCAGGCACUCUAUGGGGGUCCUUCUCUCAUCUAUUGGCGCGACCGAGCUCGCUCUCUCCUCCCGCUCCCCCGUGUGGUUCGGCCUCCGUCACGGCCGCUUAAAGCUCCUGCAAAGAAUCGCCUACAUCAACACAGUCCUCUCUCCCUUCACCUCACUCCCUCUCCUCAUCUACUGCCUCCUCCCCGGCCUCUGUCUCCUCUCUAACUCCUUCAUUCUCCCUAAGAUCACCACUGUUGCCGUGCUGUAUCUGCUAGCUCUUCUCGCGGUGGUGAUGGGUACUAGUGUUCUGGAGGUGCAGUGGAGUGGGGUUACGCUGACGGACCUGUGGAGGGCGGAGCAGUUUUGGGUGGUUAGCGGUGUGUCUGCGCACCUCUUUGCCGUUUUGCAAGGGGUUCUGAAGGUGGUUGCUGGGAUCGACACCAGCGUCGCAGUGAAAGAGAAUCUAAAUUCUGCGACUGCUGCUGGUUCUGCUGGCGCUGGUGCUGGUGAUGACAAGGAUGGGGAGCAUUCUGAACUGUACACCUUCAAGUGGACUGCUCUCCUCCUCCCGCCUGCCUUGGUGGUGGGUUUCAAUGCUGCCGGGAUCGUUGUGGGAAAGGAGGCUGCCUCCUCUCGUAUUGAUAUGGGGCGUCCUGCUGUCGUCGGUGCUGACGCUGCUGUGGGUGAACAUCGAUCCUUUUGGGUAUCACUUCAAAGGGCCUGA